CUUCUAGCCGAGCGCGAGCGUUCGAAAGAGAUAACGAAAGCGAAAGAUAGUCGUGGACAGACGCGACCAGGCGUGAAUUAUUUCACGUGGACAGGUUUUUACGGUGCGAGAGACUCGGCGAACGGUGGAAGAAAAAAAGGAAGAAAAAAAAGGAAAAGAAGGGGGAGAAAAAAAAAACAUUCUCGAGGAACGAACAGGCCGCUUCUCCUUGACAAUCUCUUUCCGCGAGUGAUUGACGAGCUGCCGCCAAGUCACUUUUCCACGUUCAACCAGCUAAGAAAACAAGGUAAAGAUGGACCGGAGGAGAAGAAGGACGCCGACGGAGAGCUAUGGGGCAACGUGGAAGCGCAGGCCGCCUUCCUCGGCCCAAACCUCUGGGACAAAACUCUGCCCUAUGAUGCCGACCUGAAGUACGUGGAUCUAGACGAGUUUCUCUCCGAGAACGGCAUUCCUGUGGACGGCGUGGCCGGCGGUGGCCAGGGCACGAUGCAGAGCGGGCAGCUGCACAAGAUCAACAACACCGAGACACCGGGGCACCAAGGCCCGGCAGGUCUCCACUUGGAGCCGGUCACCAAACGCGAGAGAUCACCCUCGCCGAGCGAGUGUUGCUCCCCUGACACCAUGAACCCACCCUCACCGGCGGACUCCACGCUCUCGAUGGCCUCAUCGGGGCGAGACUUCGAUCCACGCACCCGGGCCUUCUCCGACGAGGAGCUCAAACCCCAACCGAUGAUCAAGAAAUCACGGAAGCAGGUCAGUGGACAAAUCACGCGUGCUUUGAUUUCGCCAUUUCUCAACAUGGGCCUGCGGCAGGAACUGGACCGGUUAAAGAACGAGAACAUGCUGCUGCGUGACAAGCUGAGCAAAUACACGGACGUCUAACAGUACGCCGGGCAGGCAACCAGCUCGUCGCGUUAUUGAAAUUGUCGAUGCGGACACGAGCGUUUGUUGUGCCAGCUCCUCCCACACACACACACACACACACACACACACACACACACACACACACACAAACACACACAUACAUACACACUAUAGUCGCAGCACUUAGGAUCUUUUUUUUUUUCGCCAGUUCGGAUGAAAAGAGGAAUAAUCAUUAAAAGGAGAAAAAAAAGGAAAAAAAAAAUGAAAAAGUAAAAAAAAAGAAAAAGACGGAAAAAAGUAAGAAGAAGAAGAAGAAGAAGAA